CGUUGUUAGGGCCGGCCUUGUGCUCGCUCGCUUGUUUCUUGACCACGAAGAACUUGAUUCGCGGAGAUGGUGAAGCAGACGAUCCAGAUUUAUGGCCGGGUGAAACCUUUGGGCAAGAGGCAGACCCCCGGGAUAUAUUCAAUUGAUGAAAUUGAGACAUCAGCAUUUGGUCUGGAGAUUAUUGUACCACGAGAUUUGUCAGAUGGAUUUGUCAAUAACAAACGAGAAAGCUAUAAGUUUAAAUUUCAGAAAGUGUUUGAUCAAGAGUCAAAACAAGAUGACAUUUUUGAAACUAUUGCCAAGCCAGUUGCAGAAUGUGCUCUGUCUGGCUAUAAUGGAACUAUAUUUGCCUAUGGACAAACUGGCAGUGGCAAAACUUUUACAAUCACUGGGGGAGCAGAACGUUACAGUGAUCGGGGGAUAAUUCCACGGACCCUGUCCUACAUAUUUCAGAGGUUACAAAAAGAUAGCAGUAAGGUAUAUACCACACAUAUUUCUUACUUAGAAAUUUACAAUGAGUGUGGUUAUGAUCUGCUAGAUCCACGGCACGAAGCCUCCAAACUGGAAGACUUACCAAAGGUGACAAUAAUGGAGGAUCCUGAUCAGAACAUUCACCUGAAGCAUCUCUCUUUGCAGCAAGCAACCAAUGAAGAAGAAGCUCUGAAUCUGCUUUUCUUAGGUGACACAAAUAGGAUGAUUGCAGAGACUCCAAUGAAUCAAGCCUCCACGCGUUCACAUUGCAUAUUCACCAUUCAUAUCUCAAGCAAAGAACCAGGAUCAGCAACAAUUCGGCGCUCCAAACUACACUUAGUGGACCUGGCUGGUUCAGAGCGUGUUGGGAAAACUGGAGUCGGAGGCCAACAACUGACAGAGGCCAAAUACAUCAAUCUGUCUCUACAUUAUUUGGAACAGGUGAUCAUUGCUCUGUCAGAAAAAAACAGAUCUCACAUUCCUUACAGAAACUCCAUGAUGACUUCAGUACUAAGAGACAGCCUGGGAGGGAACUGCAUGACAACAAUGAUUGCAACACUCUCAGUAGAAAAAAGGAACAUAGAUGAAUCUAUAUCAACCUGUAGAUUUGCUCAGCGAGUUGCUGUUAUUAAGAAUGAAGCUAUUCUAAAUGAAGAAAUUGAUCCUGGAUUGAUGAUUAUGCGUCUGAAGAAGGAAAUCCAGGAAUUAAAAAAUGAAUUGGCCCUGGUGACUGGUGAACAAAGACAUGAAGAACUCUCAAAAGAAGAGCUGCUAGAAUUAGAUGAGCAAGUUAAAGAAUUUCUGGAAGAUAUUGAUCGUGAAAACAUUUUGGAAAUUGGGCCUGAUAUGCGGAAGAUCAAAUACUGUUUCAGUCAUUUAAAGAGACUGGUAAAUGAUGCAAAACUUCCUGGCAAUCAAUUACUUGGACCAGAUGUUCAGGAAGAUAAAAGUGCUAAUACGGUAAUUGGCAGUGAAGAGUUAAAGAAAUUGAAGGAUCUUUUGCAGCAACGAGAUAAUGAAAUUACUAUUUUAGUAAAUAUGUUAAAGAAAGAAAAAAGGAAAACACAAGAUGCCCUUCAUCUCAGUGCUUCAUCCAAGGAAAUAUCAGCUACAGAAAGUUCCCUUGAUUUGAAAAACAUGGAGACUGAGCAGAUGUUGCCUGUCAUUUUGGAAACAGAAUCUAAUUCUCACUCGAAAAGCCGAGGAGUGGGAAAAGAAAUGUCACUUGGACGGCAAGAAGCCUUUGAAAUUUUCAAACGAGAUUAUGUAGAUAGCAUAACUAUUGAAGACAAUAAACAACUCCUUAAACAAAGGUUUGCUGAAGCAAAAUCUUUGGGACAAAAAGUAAACGAUGUAAGAAAUCAAAUCAAUCAUCUGAAAGAAGAGAUAAUCCAGAGGCAUAUGCAAAAGGCAGCACAAGCUCUAAUCAGUCCUCGAGAAAUGAAUCAACCUGAUCCGGUAGAAGAGGCACUUCGAACACAAAUUGAACAGAAGAAAAUAAGUUAUAAAACAUUGUUUACUCACUUGAAAGGGCUGAAGAUAGAGAUUGAACACUUGCAGCUCCUCAUGGAGAAAGCAAAACUGAAGUUGCAAAAAGAUUUUGAAGCUUGGUGGUCUGAGGAAACAAAAUGCUUGCAGAGCCAAGAAGAAGAAAAGGCACUUUUGCAGAAUUCAGCCACUGUUCUAAAGACUUCUCCCUUGUUUUUUGAAAAUCAGCUACAUCCAGGUACUAUCAGGGUUCCAAAUAACAGCAGAGCCAGCUCCAAUGAAGAGUCAACUGUGAAGAGCAGUGUGAGCAGACUCAGCAACUCAGAUUCAAAAAUGAGGAUUUCACCAGAUCCAAGUUCUACCAUCCCCUUCACAGGAGAUCGUCAAACUGAUGCUGAUAUUAUAGCUUUCAUUAGAGCUAGAAAGAACCUCUUACAUAAAAAAGGAUUGGGAGACAAGUAAACUCUGAUUUAUGCAGCAAAGCCUCAUUUUAAAAUUAGACAAAGAAACUGUAACAUUAGGACAAAUGGAAUUGCAGCUGGAUUUAUGAGGGAGGGAGAGUAGGAGAAAAAGAAAAUGACUUUCUGCAAGGAGUAGCAUUCAACCUGUGUCUUCAUUAUUUUCAUAAUAUCAAAAAAGUGAAACAAGCUCUAACUUGGAACAUCAAGAACAGAAAAGCCAAAAGCCUUGUGAUAGGAACCAUAAAUGCACUUUAUUGGAGUUUUAUUGGUUUUCAAAUGUCAUCGCUUCCGAGCCCUAUUUCUUCAUCUAACACAGAAGGACUCCCUUAGACUUUUUAUGAGAUAAUUUUGGACUGGAAUGCAUUAUUAGACUAGGAGGUUGGGAAGGGUUUAGAUUGAAUGUGGUGUCUCACUGAGAACUACAGGUAUAGCGAUAGUAUUGUUAACUAAGCUAGCAUUUUUUUAAUAACAUACUUGGGGAUCAUGUGCUGAAUUAUGUUUCCAAAUGUUUCCCCCCCACCCAAGAUUUCUAUAACCGCCUUUCAGGUGUGGAAUCCUGCAUCUUUAUGGACCGACUUUUCUUCUAUGCAUAGUUAUUGUCCAAGAAUAUUGUGCUCAAAGAUUUGCUUCUGUGUGUCAUUUGAGUAACAAUUAUUCCCUUUUAUUAAAUAUAAAAACUACUAGAACAUUCUAUUGCCUAAUAUAAGUCAGAAUUAAAGCAAGAAAAAAAUAUGUUGAUAUCCCUUCUUCCCCCUCUUGAUUCUAUAGCCUAAAACUACUAGGAAAGAUACUUUAUUAAGCUGCUUAAUAAAAGUAUUUGUAACAGCUGGCUUUUGGGUAUGCUGGAUGUAUAGAAUAUCUUCAUUUAAUAAGAAUAAUGACUUAGUCACUGAGAGAUACAGAUCUUAUUUGCCGAAUCAUGAAAUGUGAACUUGCACCAUGGGUUAUUCAGUAGUUAAAGGUGGGUGCCUUGAAUGUAAUUUUAAACCAUGGUUCCUAAUAACAGGGUUAAAAUAAUUGAUUUCAGUCAUGAUUCCAUUUGUCAUCUAAAGAUGAUUGGGACUAGCCUUCUUUUUCUGUCCUCUGAAUGUAAAACCAAUGAACAAAAUUGCCACAAAUGGGGCCACUCCUCUACUGUUCCCAGCUCCCUUUUCACCCCCAAUGUACCUUCAGGGGAGAGCCAAUAAAAUGGAUACCAUAAGAUGGAGAUUGAGCAUUAGGUUGUUUUACCUUUCUCUGAACUCAUUAUAAAUUACUGUGUCUUCCUUCAAAUGCAAUGACCAGAACUAGACCAAUAAAGCAAAAUUAUUAUUUUCCGUAACCAGGAAACUAUAGCUCGAUUAAUAGCUCUCCACUGCAUUAGCCUUUUCUGCUACUGAUCAUAUAACAGAUGUUUAAAUAAUUCCUCUUAGGAAAAUUUAGGAUUCAAUUAGGCUGAAUGUGCACAACUAGUCUUCAGAACAGUGACCUUCUGCCUCAGAAUUGUAGUCAGACAAUAUCUUUAGAGACAGUCAAUCAGUGCAGAGGCCACAGACAGGAAGAAGAGGAAGAGAUAAAUCAUGCAAAGUUUCCUACAAAAUCAUUUAAAUUUCAUUCUAAUUUACCUACUAU